AUGCGCACAACUCGGCCGCCGGGUCACGAUCUUAUUUUGAACAGAGUAUAUAUAGGAGGAUAUGAGUGGGAUGGUGAUAUCAAAGCUACAAUGCUGUUUAAUUUGUGGUCCACAUGUGUAACUCAAACUAACAAUGAGCAAACAAGAACAGAGUCAAUCUCACAAGCAACAACUUUUGAUUCCUAUAUGAGUCCAACAUCAGCACAAUUAACAACAAUUAGUUUGGAAUCAACAACAAUUAACAAUUCCAGUACAUCCUAUCAAUUAGAAAACCAACCAUCCACAAGUCAUGAUACUCCUAAUACUUUAAUUUUACCAACACGACGAUCAUUAACAUCAGUAUUUGAGGAUGUAAUUAAAUGGCCAGUACAGCAGGUAUCAAAGUCAAAAAGAAAAAGAGAAUAUACUCCAAGCGUCAUAACAUCAGACAGGUGGGUACAAUUUCAUGAACUAAAAGAAGCAGACAAAUUAAAAAAAGAUGAGGAAAGAGAAAAUAAAAGGAAAGCCAUACAAGACAGAAAAAGGGUAGCUGAAGAAACAAAAAGGGUAGACAUUAAAAAAGAAAAUACCAAUUGA